CCAGUUGCGACAAGCCGACAAGAACCAAUACGAAGCAAAACUCACAAAUAAAGGAAAAAAACAUUGGAUUACAUUAACAAAUCACAACAAUGGCUAAAUUCUUGAGAAGUCUCCCUAUCUCCUCUAUUCGAACCAAUCUAAAACCUUCAUCUUUCAUCCCAAUCACAACAAUUCUUAUCCCUUGUUCUCUUUCCUCUCUUCAAUUCAAUCACUACCCAUUUUUUCAUUUCUCUAGACGAACACUCUGUAAUAAUGCUUCUGUUUCAGCUACUUUAAAUGCUACAGAGCAGCAAAAUCGGGAACUAAACCCAAUUCAAUCAUCAGCUAAAGAGACAGAUUUGGAAUGGGUUAGUAGAACUGCCUUAUGUGGGCAUUUGGGUGAAGAUGAUGUGGGUAAACGGGUUACACUUUGUGGGUGGGUCGCUCUUCAUCGGGUUCAUGGUGGCCUUACUUUUCUUAAUCUUAGAGACCAUUCUGGCAUUGUUCAGAUUACAACACUACCCAACGACUUCCCGGAUGCCCAUUCUGUGGUGAACGACUUGAGGCUUGAGUAUGUGAUUGCUGUUGAAGGAGUUGUACGUUUAAGGCCAUACGAGGCUGUCAAUAAAAAGAUGAAAACUGGAACUGUAGAGGUUGCUGCAGAACAUGUCAAAGUUUUAAAUUCUGUCAAAGUCAAACUGCCCUUUUUGGUUACUACUGGAGAUGAUGUGAAAGACUCUGCGAAGGAGGAGAUACGUUUGAGAUACCGGUGCUUAGACUUGCGUAGAAGUCAAAUAAAUUCAAACAUAAUGUUGAGACAUAGAGUGGUUAAAUUCAUACGAAGAUACCUGGAAGAUGUACAUGACUUUGUGGAGAUUGAGACGCCAAUGCUUUCUAAGUCUACCCCUGAGGGUGCUCGAGAUUAUUUAGUGCCUUCAAGAGUUCAGCCAGGAAUGUUUUAUGCUUUGCCCCAAAGCCCUCAGCUAUUCAAGCAAAUGUUAAUGGUCUCGGGUUUUGACAAGUAUUAUCAGGUAGCAAGAUGCUUUCGGGAUGAGGACCUAAGAGCUGACAGACAACCUGAAUUCACGCAACUUGAUAUGGAGUUGGCAUUUACUCCUUUAGAUGAGAUGCUAAAGCUAAAUGAAGAUUUGAUCAGGAAGGUCUUUUGGGAAAUUCAAGGUAUUGAGCUUCCAACACCUUUCCCCAAGCUCACGUAUGCCGAAGCAAUGGAUCGAUAUGGAUCAGAUAGACCAGAUCUUCGUUUUGAUCUUGAGUUAAAAGAUGCAUCUGAUAUUUUUUGCGGCUCGUCAUUCAAAGUUUUUGGAGACGCUGUGGCUAGUGGUAGUGUGAUAAAAGUAUUAUGUGUGCCCGCGGCUGCUAGUAUUUAUUCUAAUUCUGCACUGAAAAAGGGUGAUAUAUAUAAUGAAGCAAUUAAAUCAGGGGCUAAAGGUUUGCCUUUCCUGAAGGUCACAAGUGAUGGGGCACUUGAAGGAAUUCCUGCUUUAGCAUCAAGUUUAAAUGAAGAAAACAAAGAAAAAUUAUUGAACCUCUGCUCUGCUAAAUCUGGUGACCUUAUCUUGUUUGCUGUGGGUGUGGAAAAGUCUGUGAAUAAAACCCUUGAUCGACUAAGGUUAUAUGUGGCACAUGAAUUGGGUUUAGUUGAUCAUUCCAAGCAUUCAAUUCUUUGGGUGACGGAUUUCCCUAUGUUUGAGUGGAAUGAUGAUGAAGAAAGGUUUGAGGCUUUACACCAUCCAUUUACUGCACCAAACCCUGAAGACAUGGACGAUUUGCCCUCUGCCCGAGCUUUGGCAUAUGACAUGGUUUACAAUGGAGUGGAGAUUGGAGGUGGUAGCUUGAGAAUCUACAAGCGCGAGGUGCAAGAAAAGGUUCUGAAAAUCGUAGGUAUCUCAUCGGAACAGGCUGAAGCUAAGUUUGGCUAUCUCUUGGAAGCUUUUGACAUGGGUGCUCCUCCUCAUGGAGGCAUAGCUUAUGGCUUGGACAGAUUAGUUAUGUUGUUGGCUGGAGCGAAUUCCAUCCGUGAGGUGAUCGCUUUUCCAAAGACGACCACUGCUCAGUGUGCCCUUACACGAUCACCUUCCGAAGUAGAUCCUCAACAGCUCAAAGACCUAAAUAUUUCUACAACUUGAUUGUUGCCUUCACCCUUCUGCUCAACUUUUGCUUCUUGGGACAGCGCGAACAAGUUCUUGUUUUUAAUACAAUCUCAUCAAGGUUUCUUUUUGGUGGUAGUGAUAAUAUAGAUUUCUCUUUUUGAUAUUCUUGGUACACCCUCGAUUAGAUUUCGGCCUAGAAUUAGAAUGAGGUUGAAUGAUGAGAGAUUCAAAAACCUUUAGUUUAUGUGAAUGGUUUUUGGUUUUUGACAUGGUUGUGUCUGUUGUAUAACAAGUCUCAUCAUGAGAUAGCCUCAGUUGAAUCAGCCUAAACUUUUUAAAAGAGAAAAUCUACUUUAUAUAUAAGGGUGAAUUCAAAUUUUAUUUAUUUUUUUAAUUGUUUAUUUACUAAUAGGCUGCUUGUAUGGACUUGUCUCACGACGAGACGUUCUCAUAAAAGACUUGUUCAUUUUUAUGAUAAAAAUUUAAUUCUCAGCACCUAUAGUAAGAUCAUCCU